AUGCAGAGCUGGGUGAGGGAACGUAACCCAGGGAGCUGUGCCUGGGCAGUGACCCUGGCAGAGGAAUUCCUUCUGAGUCAGAAUGAGGUCAACAGCUGGGAAGUACAGAUCACAGAGAUGUCAGAAAAGGAGCUUGUAAAUCCCCAAAGGCAGAACAGGCUCUGCCGGGCAAGGUGAAGAUGCAGCUUUCCACAAGGCCCAAGCAGGGGGACAAGCAGAGUGUGAGCUUAUUGGCAGGGGACAGGCGACUGAGUGAAAGCAAGGGGCAGAAGCGCUGGCGAGAAAGUCCUGAACAAACAGAGCAGCGGAAGACAACCUUGAAAGCAGGCCAAGAGAAGGAUUUCCUGGGCCAGGGAGAAGCUGAUAAGAACCAGCGUAGGGCAGAGACACAGAAGAGGAAAGACACAGAGAAGAAAGCAGAUCCAUUUAUUAUCCAAAAGGGGGUUUGCAAAGAUGCCGCCCAGCAGCAUAAAGAGAAUGACAUGGAAUAUGACACGGGUGGGGAAAUCUGUGGUCAAAAGGCCCACGGGAGUACAGACGGGGCUAUUCCCACAGAGGAGAUGCCAUACAAGUGUUGGCAAUGCAGUCGGAGCUUCAGCAGCAGCUCAGACCUUUUGAUACAUGAGAGGAGCCACGUAGGUGAGAAACUGUAUAAAUGCUCCCACUGUGGAAAGAAAGAGACAAUCCAGACUGGCCAGACUGCACAUAAAUGUUCCCACUGCGGGAAAAACUUUCACUGGAUCCCUCAAGUAAAAACCCGUGGGAGAGAAGAACGCUAUUCCUGCACAGAAUGCGAGAAAAGCUACUCCUCCAAGUCGGUCCUCCUCAAACACCAGCAACUCCACAGAGGCGAGAAACCUUAUAAAUGCUGCUUUUGCCUGGAAUCCUACAUAAACUGGUGGGAGCUCAAAGCUCAUCGGCAAACUCACAGAGGCGACACACCGCAUAAGCCAUAUAAAUGUUCGCACUGCGGGAAGUUCUUCCUUUGGAACUCGCAGUUUCUGUCCCGCGAGAGUAGCCACACAGCCUUCUGCUGCUACUGCGGGAAAGGCUUCGUAAAAAACUCGGAGCUCGUUGAACAUGAGAAGACCCACACGGCAGAGGAGCCGUUGGCGUGUUUUAUCUGCGGGGAAAACUUUGGAGUCAGUGCUGAACUGCUUGCCCAUGUGCGGAAGCACAGAGAGAACCAGCUUCAAUGCUCGGUUUGUGGAGGUCUUCAAGAACAGUUUGUAAGCCCGUGAACUAGAAGUUAUGGGUGACAGCCAGUCACUGCCUCCCGCUUGCACAACGUACUUCUCUUGGUGUUGUAUAUUUUAGCCAUCAAAGGCCUCAUUUAAAAAUGUUAAAAUUGUAAUGUUUUGAAAUUCCUCGUGAAUAUGAAGGGCGUGCGUGAACCUGCGCUUGGUCAGAUUUCAGAGGCAUUACAGGCUACGACCGGUUUAGCGGCGUCUGAUUUCGCAGGCGUGCAUGGCACCAAACCCAGUAGUAGCCCCCAAAGGUCAUAAAGUUGUCACAAAAGGGGGGGCGGGCAGGGCAGGGUAGGGUAGGUUUAUGCACAUGAGCGUCCAGAACGUAACCCCCACACAAAACAAGGACUGCCUGUGUACGCAUCUGAAUACUGGUUGAUGAAAGCAGAGAGGAAAGGACUUUUGUGACCAGUUCCCACUUGGGGUUUCUCACAAGCCUCCUGUCAGCUCCUGCAAGAACAGGAUGCUUGUGGGACUUAGCCUUCUGGACAUCAGGCAGGUACCUUUGCCGCUUUCUUUUUGACACCUGCUGAAAAGCAUUUUGUCCAGACAUUGGAGAGUUUUAACUUCUCCUCAAUUUACUGCUGUUUUUUGUUUUUUUUAAGGUUUCUAAUUACUUGUUUUUAACUGCUUUUAACCGAUCUGUUUAGAAUUUCUUGUAAACUGCUUAGAAGUUUUGUUUUUACGAUCGAGUAAUACAUUUUGUCAUAUAAGGCAAUAAAAAUGUCUGGCUAGAUGGACCAGGGACUGAUCCAGAAGGCUCCUCUUAACCUUGUUGUGCCACCUACGUGCCCGCCAUCAGCCACUUCAUGUGCUGGAGUUCCCCAGAAAACUAAGGAAACCAGGCCUUAUGAGGAAUGGUUGAAGGAGCUUGGGUAUGUUAACCUGGAGGAGUGCUGGGUAUGUUAACCUGGGGUGCUGUGUCCAAUUGGUGACAUGAUGGUGGCACCUGCCCUUGUUCUGGCAGGAAGUGCUUAGUGGGGGCCAAAAAAUGAGGGGGCGAGGAGGGUCCUGGGGGGCAGCGGCAGAAACACAGGCGCCAAAGGGACAGCUGCAGGGUGGUGGGGAUGAGGCUGAGUAGGGAGACUCUCUCAAAGGAAAGGAAGAGAAUAGCAGGAAGGACAUUGUGGCAGAGGAGGCACAACUUCUGAUUCCCUUGACCCCCUCCCCCAUUUUUUAAAAAAGUACAUUUAUCUUCUAACCCCAUUACUAGUGACACCUCUCCUGAUAUAUAAUUACAGGACAUGCCCCCACCUGCUUCCCUUUCAAUGCCCUACAACUUUCAUGCUCUUACACAGCAUGUUUCUUUUCAACCAUUUAAAAAACAUCUUUGCAGUCCAUUAACACCACCACCACCAUAGAGAGAGGCAGUGUGGUCCACUGUGUAGCACAAGGACUUGGGAGAUGCAGAUUCAAAUCCCGCCGAACAGCCACAAAGUCCAUUGAGUGCUUCUGAGGACCCUAGCCUACCUCACAAGGGGAAAUGAGGACAGGAAAAACCACGGACCUACUUUAUCUCCCUAGAGAAAAUGUGAGGUAUAAAUGUAACAGUAAAUAAAAAAACGUUGGCAUGUGGGUAACCCGACUGAGAGAUGUUAACAAUGACCUUUUGGUGUUGUAAAAUGUUUUCAGAUAUUUAGACUGCUUUUAAAUGGCUUAAAUAUGUUUUGUUUUGUGUCCCUUGGCUACUCAUUGCUUUGCCACCCUGGGCUCUUCUGGGAGGAAGAAGGUUGGGAAUUUAAUAAAAAGAAAUCAAUUGAUAUUUAUUAAGGAUUGGAAAAUUACUGUGGGGUUUUUGUGUGAAAGAGACAGUCAACAUGCAGUAUCUGGAUCUGAAGAUCGAAAAUAAUAUUGGCUUAUAGAAAAUAGAACGAUUGGAUGUCAAUUUGAGUGAAUGCUUAGAACAAGUUGUUAUAUUUACUUGACAGAGAAUCAGAAGUCUUUCCAUCUUUUUCUAUUUCUCCCUUUUUCUUCUGUUUAUUUUUUUCCCUUCUCCCUGCUCCUAUUUCUUUUUAGAUUAGAUUUUUAAAAAAUAUUUCUUUUAUUCAGGUAUAAGAAUAUACUUUGCACUGUGUAUAAACUUUUGAAUAUCUUUGGAUGAGUAUCAAUAAAAAUAAAAUGUGGAAAAAAGGAA